ACAGAGGUGAGGCGCUUCAUGCUGGAGAGGGAGGCAUCUGUCUGCACCAUCCAUGCAGAGGUGUGCCGAGGGCUGCGUGCCAUGUGUCCUGUGUGUGCCGUGUCCUGCGGGAGCUUGAAAGCAGUGCUGUCAGAGGGUCACACGUGGUAAAUGAGAACUGGGAUCCUGGCUCAGGCAGUUUGGGUCUACACUCUGCUCUUAACCAUCAAGAUGUGCUAUUCCUCUAUCUGCCCCUCAGUGACUCCUGGGCCUGGAACAUGCGAGGAAGGCCACACCACCCACUGACGUUUUCACUCUGAAUCCUUCAGCUCUGCUCUGUAGCUCCUAAGUUCAGGCUUCAGAACUUUGCCCAGGCCCAGUUACAGGCCAGCUGCUUCCACUGCCUUGGGUUCAAGCAGCAUCUGCUCGGCUCAUCUGCUCCGGCUGCCUUCACCCUGCUGCCUCCCUAGGUGCUUUAAUUUUUCCAUAAUAAAAAGUAAAAUCAAAGAGAAGCAUCCUUUUCUUUCUAGAAGGUACAUCUCCCGGGCACCUCAGUGACAAGGAGUGUUUGGUGUGCUUCGUAGACACCCUGGGAGUUCGUGUCUGGGACCCUCCAAGGCCUCUAGAAACGUCUCCCAAAACUUCUGAACGCUGUGGGGCUGGCCCAGGGGCUCCGUGCUUGAGGGAGGAAGCAGCAAAGAGCCACAGCCCUCGCCCUCCUGCAGAUGCCCAGCUAGGACCUGCUGGGACAGAGCUGGGACCAAGGCUUGGUCAAGAUGGCAUCUGUGUUUCGCAGCGAGGAGAUGUGUUUGUCCCAACUAUUCCUCCAGGUGGAGGCUGCAUAUUGCUGCGUGGCUGAGCUUGGGGAGCUCGGAUUGGUUCAGUUCAAAGAUUUAAAUGUGAAUGUGAGUAGCUUCCAAAGGAAAUUUGUGAAUGAAGUCAGAAGAUGUGAGUCACUGGAGAGAAUCCUCCGUUUUCUGGAAGAUGAGAUGCAAAACGAGAUUGUGGCUCAAUUGCCAGAGAGGCCCCCACCAACCCCUCUUCCACGGGAAAUGAUUACGCUGGAGACUCUUCUAGAAAAACUUGAAGGAGAAUUGCAGGAAGCCAACCAGAACCAGCAGGCUUUGAAGAAAAGUUUCCUAGAACUGACGGAACUCAAACAUCUCCUGAAGAAAACCCAGGACUUCUUUGAGACGGAAACCAACCUAGCUGAUGACUUCUUUACAGAAGACACUUCUGGUCUCCUGGAGUUAAGAACGGUGCCUGCAUAUGUGACUGGAAAGCUGGGGUUCACGGCUGGGGUGAUUAACCGGGAGCGGAUGGCUUCCUUUGAGAGGCUGCUGUGGAGAGUUUGCCGAGGCAAUAUCUACCUGAAGUUCAGUGAGAUGGACACGACUCUGGAGGAUCCCGUCACGAAAGAAGAAAUUAAAAAGAACAUAUUCAUCAUAUUUUAUCAAGGAGAGCAACUCAGGCAGAAAAUCAGGAAGAUCUGCGAUGGAUUUCGAGCCACCAUAUACCCCUGCCCAGAGCCUGCGGCAGAGCGCAGAGAGAUGCUGGCUGGCGUCAACAUGAAGCUGGAAGAUUUAAUCACUGUCAUAACACAAACAGAAUCUCACCGUCAGCGCCUCCUGCAAGAAGCAGCUGCCAACUGGCACUCCUGGGCCAUUAAAGUGCAGAAGAUGAAGGCCAUUUACCACAUUCUGAACAUGUGCAACAUUGACGUCACCCAGCAGUGCGCCAUCGCUGAGAUCUGGUUCCCGGUGGCAGACACCGGGCGCAUCAAGAGGGCAUUAGAGCAAGGCAUGGAACUAAGUGGCUCCUCCAUGGUCCCCAUCCUGACUACAGUGCAAUCCAAAACAGCUCCUCCUACAUUUAACAGGACCAAUAAAUUCACAGCUGGCUUCCAGAAUAUUGUAGAUGCAUAUGGUGUGGGCAGUUACCGGGAAAUAAACCCAGCUCCCUAUACCAUCAUCACUUUCCCCUUCCUGUUUGCUGUGAUGUUUGGAGACUGUGGUCAUGGGAUUGUGAUGCUAUUGGCAGCCCUUUGGAUGGUCCUUAAUGAGAGACACUUGCUCUCCCAGAAGACGAACAAUGAGAUCUGGAACACCUUCUUCCAUGGACGCUAUCUGAUUCUCCUUAUGGGCAUCUUCUCCAUCUACACGGGCUUGAUUUACAACGACUGCUUCUCCAAGUCUUUAAACAUCUUCGGCUCUUCUUGGAGUGUCCGGCCCAUGUUUAGAAAUGGCACGUGGAAUACAUACAUAAUGGAAACGAAUCCAUAUUUACAGUUGGACCCAGCCAUUCCAGGAGUGUACUCUGGAAAUCCAUACCCAUUUGGGAUUGAUCCGAUCUGGAACUUGGCUUCAAACAAACUAACGUUCUUGAACUCCUACAAAAUGAAGAUGUCUGUUAUCCUGGGAAUUGUCCAGAUGGUUUUCGGUGUCAUUCUCAGCCUUUUCAAUCACAUAUACUUCAGAAGAACUCUCAACAUUGUUCUGCAGUUUAUUCCUGAGAUGAUUUUUAUUCUGUGUCUGUUUGGAUACUUGGUGUUCAUGAUCAUUUUCAAAUGGUGCCACUUUGAUGUCCAUGUGUCCCGGCAUGCCCCAAGCAUCCUCAUCCACUUCAUCAACAUGUUUCUAUUUAACUAUGAUGACCCUUCAAAUGCACCCCUGUACAAACAUCAGCAAGAAGUCCAAAGUUUCUUUGUUGUUAUGGCUUUGAUUUCUGUCCCAUGGAUGCUUCUGAUUAAGCCAUUUAUUCUUAGAGCCAAUCACCGAAAAUCCCUGCUACAGGCCUCCAUGAUGCAAAAUGCCACAGAGGACGUCGAAGGUGACAACUCCAGCCCUUCUGGGAGCACUGGCCAGAGGGCUUCUGCAGGUGCCCACGGGGCUGAGGAUGACCAUGAAGAAGAGUUCAAUUUUGGAGACGUCUUUGUGCAUCAAGCCAUCCACACCAUCGAGUAUUGCCUGGGCUGCAUUUCAAACACAGCCUCUUACCUCCGGCUCUGGGCCCUCAGCCUGGCUCAUGCACAACUGUCUGAGGUGCUCUGGACCAUGGUGAUGAAUAUCGGCCUUCGCCUGCGAGGCUGGGGAGGACUCAUUGGGGUCUUUGUCAUUUUUACCAUAUUUGCCGUUCUGACAGUAGCCAUCCUUCUGAUCAUGGAGGGCCUCUCUGCGUUCCUUCAUGCCCUGCGACUGCACUGGGUGGAGUUCCAGAACAAGUUCUACGUCGGGGCUGGUUACAAGUUUGCUCCUUUCUCCUUUAAAUACAUCCUGGAUGGGACAGCAGAGGAGUAGUUGCAGGUCCGGCGCUGGCCAUCUCCUCUCGGCGGCCAAAGAAGUUCAGCCUUGUCUUCAACGUCAGCCUGUGCAAGGCAGUCAAUGGGAUGACUGUUCUUGGCUACCUGGAGGCGGGAAGCCAUGUAUAUUUUACUUAAAAGCCUUGGGAUUUGAUACAACCUAACCAUGUUAUAGGGGAACCGACCUCAAGUUGGGUCAUAAUCGUCAAACAUUAAAAUGAUUGAGAAACGGGGAGGGCCACACUGAUGUUUUCUUGCAAUAUUAUAAAUAUUAUAUUCUGGGCCAUUC